AUAUUUCUUGAAGUUCUUAAACUUCUGGUUUUAUUCAUUUUCUCGCUGGUGGGCAACAUGUUGGUCUUGAUCACGGUGUGUGGGAACAGAAACAUGCGGUCCGUCACAAACGUCUUUAUUCUUUCCCUGUCCGUCAGUGAUUUACUCCUGGCCCUCAUUGCCACACCCAUAAACAUGGGCAACGUCAUGUCAACGUAUUGGAAAUACGGGGCAUUUGCCUGCAAAAUUGUCCCAUGUAUAACUACUUUUUGUGUGGCCUGUAGUUCAUUGACGUUAUGCUGUAUUGCUUUUGAGCGUUUCUACGCAAUAGUUUAUCCGCUGAAGGUCAAGUUUUUUCAGGCGUCGACCAGACUUGUGCCCCUACUGAUAACCGUUUGGGUCACGUCAUUGAUAUCAGGGACCCCCCAAGUUUUUUAUUUUAAGCUCAUCAAGGCGAGAGACGUUUGCGGGAAAGUUGUGAAUGACGUUUGCACACUACCUCUGAUCACAAGUAAGACAAUGGAGUUUUUUCAGUUAUGGCUGCCGUUUGUUGUCCUUUUCGUCACCCCUCUUCUUGUGAUGACAAUUCUUUACUCAAUCAUAAUUGUUAAGCUGUGGGGAAGACGACAGAUUGGGAUAUCCAUGAAAGCAAGCGACUCCUACCGACUGAAGCAGAAGAAGCGCGCCAUCAAGAUGUUGGUGACUGUGGUGGUCCUCUUCAUCAUAUGUUGGCUUCCAAUUCAAACCUUCAAUGCCGUGGGAGAGAAAGCUUCCAACAUGACACCCGUAGCCACCUUGCAGUGGAAAGCGUUUCUGAAAUGCUUGGCUCUAAGUAGUAGCUGUUACAAUCCCAUUGUUUACGCAUUUAUGAAUGAAAACUUUAGGAAGAAUUUCGCAAAUCUGUUGCGCUGUGGAAAACACAGAAUUGAACCGCUUUCCGUGAGAAAUGUCAAUCACAGACAAUCGAUAAUGACAAAACCAGCGCAAGCCGUAUGGAUCAAAUUCGGAUCCGAAAAUGUCACCAGCGCGCCGACCACGAAUCAAAGGAAGACAACUGAAACUAACAUUAAGUGACCAUAAUGAUUGCAUGUGAAUGUAAUCUGUAUAUUGAAGAGGCAUGGUCACGAUUUUGGUCAAAUUUUAUUUUUCUGUCUUUAUUAUUUACAAAAUGCUUCAGGAAUGCAUUUCUAAUGAUCAAAUGAAUUUUAAGAGUCAAUUGUA